CGCCGCCAGAGGGGAGGAGCCACGCCUCAAAUACACACUGCUUUGUAUUUCUGCUUAACAUUCGCAGGUAUUCGCUUGAAAACAAACACCGAGGCUCCAUAAUUUAAACCACACUCAUCUGUAUAUUAAAGCUAAUCUGUAUGGAGCUGGAUCGGCGACUCUUGCUGGCCCACUGCGCCGCACACACCCUGUCGGUGUUCGCCGGGCUGAUGGUGGUCGUCCCGCUGGCGCUGAACGGGUCUGCGUUUAAGGGCCGGUGCGCGCUUUUUAGCCAGGGAUUCUGGAGGACGGAGAACCUGACGGUGGCCGAGGGAGAGACCCGGGAGGUCAGUCAUCUGGUGGUGCAGCAGUGGGGUCCUCCGGCCGCCUGUCAGUUCGCCACUUUCGUCGGCAUGUUCAGCGUUCUGUACGGGGCGGUUCAGGGCUGGAGAAGUUUCUUCUAUCUGCACCGGCGGCACGACGACACUCUGUUCUCUGCAUUCCUGACACUGCUGCUGAGCCUGUGUGUUCUGUUCCUUUCUGGAGGAGCCAGUGUGACCCUCAGCCUGGGCCUCGUGUCCUGGUGCAACACUGUUACUGACCAAAACACCAGACCCUACAGUUGUUCUGAGUCUCAGUCUGUUCCACUUUAUCUGGACGUUGAAACAUCCUCUUUCUACUCUGAGCUCAAUUGUGCACAGAUCUCUCUGUGGUGUGUAACCGCUUUAUGGUUGGCUCAGUCUAUUUUGUCCUUCCUGAGGCUUUAUCAUUCCCACAGUCAGCAGAUCAGCAGACCGUGUUUAUCCAGAGAGAAGGAACUCCUCCUGGGCCAAGCUCAAGCCGAAUGCCCCAUUCAUCACCCGCAUCCACACCCGCACCCUUCACACACUCCCAGUGUUUUUAUUUAGUCGUACAGUGUUGCACUUUGAAGCCUAAAGUAUACUGAGGUUUUUAUUGUAUACACAGCCUUUUGAAGUGUGUAUGAAAACAAAAUUUACAAUACUUAUUUUGAUCGCACAUAUUGAGUUCGUUUACAUGGACACCAAUAAUACGAUUUUAAUAUGAUUAAGACAAUACUCUGAUUAAGAGUCUACCAUGUAAACAGUGAUUUUCGAUUAAUUUAAUCCGAUUAAAGUCAUAAUCGAACUACACAGAUAUGGAAUUAAGACGUGGAGUAUGCCGAUUUUAGUCGCAUUAUUGAAGUGUACUACAGACAUGUAAACAUCACAAUCAAACUAUUACCGCUGUGUAGGAUUUUCGACGCAUUUUGUGACAGG